AUGCAAAAUAUUGGUAAGGAUGCCAUUGUGCGUGGUACAGGAGAACCCAAUUCGGCUGCUGUUUGCAUUCUAGAAUCUUUUGAAGAUGAAAAGAAUCCCGUCAAGGGAUUGGCUAGAAUUGUAGGAGUGUCACCCACUAGAGCCCUUUUUGACAUCACCCUUAAUGGACUGCCUAAAGGAAAGUACUACCCUUCAAUUAGAGUUAGUGGAGAUCUUUCGCAGGGUGCAGUUUCUACAGGACCUCAAUUGGUUGAGCUUGGAGAAAUCGAUGUGUCUGCGCAGCUAUCAACCUCGGAUUCAUUUUUAGCCAAUCAGCCAAAGGGCUUUUCAGGACAUGCUGUUUUCACCAAGGAUGUAUCUAUUUCAGAUAUUAUUGGUAGAGGGUUGACAGUGAGCAAGUCACGAACUGCAAACUAUCCCGACUCUUUGGUUGGUGUUAUCGCCCGUAGUGCAGGUAUCUGGGAGAACCUCAAGUCAGUGUGCAGCUGUUCGGGUAAAACUGUUUGGGAAGAACGGUCCGAUGCCAUAUCUAGUGGAAUCCACUGA